AUGAAAGCACAAUGUACUGAUAUAAGAAAUGCAUUAACUAUUAUUGUCAGAAAUAGAGUAGCUUAUUAUCUUCAAGUUCUAGAACAAAGUAAAUCAACAGCACAAAAUGUUUCUGCAACCCCACAAAAAUUCACUAUUUUUAGUAGAAAUAAACAACUUAAUACUCCAGCUCCAGUGACUAGCCCUUCACAAUUCAAUGCUCUUGAUCUAAAGAAGUUACUUAACAAAAUUAUGGGAGAGAUAGUUGCUUUAAAUACAUUACUUAAAAAAAAUCUCAGAAGCAUUGAUUAUAAAUAUUGUUUGUUUGAAGAGUCAAGACAUCUUAACUUGUUAAGAGAGGAAUUUGACAAACGGUCCACAGAAGAUAAUUUGAAAAACCAAGUCAGUAAUGAUCUUCACCAAAUUUCUGUUGCUAUUCAUGAAGGUUUAAAGAACAAUACAACACUCAAUCUUGAUAGAACAGAAACACCACUUAUUAUGAAUGAAGAAAAGUACAACACAGAUAGUGAUGGUGAUUUAGAAAUAUUCAGAAAAAGUUUAGAUCUUUCUAGAGAACCAAAUCAACAAGAAGUUCCUUUAACUAGACAAAGUUUUGAUAUUAAUAGAACCCAAUCUACAAAGAUCGUUACAUCUCCUCAGAGUGUUGAUAAUUGA